UGUCCAAUGGUGCUGGAAAAGAUGUGAUGAAUGAUGAUGAUAUCUAUUUAACACCCCCUCAGCAUGUGAGAUCAUGGAGUGAUCAGACCCCAGAUGUAUGUUUUUUUUCAUCUCCCAUUUAUUUUUAUUAUCCUUAAUUUUAAGUCUUUUUAAAAUUGUAUUUUAAAGUCUUUCUGAGGCUCUCCAAAUAUUUUGUAACAUGAUUUUUGCUGAUCUUUUACAACAAUUUUCAUGUUUCAAAUGUAUUGAAAUUAUUAUUGUGGUGCAUAUUGAAUGUGGCGUCAACCUCUGCUGUUGUAGGAUAUUCAUGUUCCAGGAUAGGGAGUGAGUCAGAUCAUUGUUAGAGGUUUUUAGGAUAUAAGAUUUUCCUGAUAUGACACAAUUCAAAGACACUUCCCAAACUGGAAAUAAGUCUGAGCAGCACAAGUCCAAGCCAUUGUUAUUGCCAAUUUCCCCACUUCACUAAUGUAUUCUCAGUGUCUUCUCUGCCUGUUCACCUUCAGAUGAUUUUUUUUUUUUAUUAUUGAUGAUCAAUUACCCAGAAAGGAUGAAAAGCUAUAUGCCUUUCAAUCAUGUUAGUCACUUAUUUGUUUUGAUCACUCCAACAAAAUCAAACUUGAAAUUUAUUUCCCAAAUUUUAUCAUUCCAACUACAAAAUAGGCCUACCAGUAGGGCUACUAUUAAAUGCUAAUAAUAAUUUGUAAAUAAGCCUCGUCAGCCGAUGGCGGUUCAUCAGUGUUGAUAAAAAUAUGUAAGUAUUGUGUAUGUAUGUUGCCAGCCCACAAUAUACUACAACAGCUGUACAAUGUACAGCUCAAGAUGUUAACUUUAACUUACAGAUGUGAUGAUAAAGAUUUUUAAACAUGUAAGAAAUACUGUUGAAAUCAAAAUGUAAAUUAAAAUUAAACACAAGUAAAGAUAGUAGCAGAUAGUAAAAUAAACUGAUACUACUUUUUAUUACAUUUUUCUGCUUUAUCAGUCAAUUUUCUUUUUACAAAUUUGUUAAUUUAAAAUACUUCCUAUUUAUAGUUACAAUUGUUCAAGGCCAAAGAAUGAUUUUUUUCUUAGUAUUGGUAAUAUAAAAUGAAUUUCUUAAAGAUAUUGAAAGCGUAAAUAACUGAACAUUUAUUUGUUUAAAUGGAAACGUCUUUUAUCAAGCAUUUCAAGUUUGCCUCUUUACCGUUAUAAUACUUGGUACUUGUGGUGAAUAAGAAAUGCAAAAUUAAAUUACAGAAGCUCAAGGCUUUUGUUGAGUUUAUAUAACAGAAGCUCAGAGAUAUUACUGUUACAGUUCAAUAUUAACAAAUUAAUUUUGUGCCACUUAAUUUACAUAAAUGGCUAGAAAAUUUGUUGUUUUUUUUUCUUCAUAAAUUUAAAUAGUCUAUUUGGGAUUCAAUCACAAAUAUUAUAAUUUCGAAUUCAUAAAAAAAAAAUUAUCUGACAAAUUCAACUGUUCAUUGCAUUAGUAUAAAAUUACACUGAAUUUGUAAUAUUUAAAAAUAUUGAACUUUAAGUUUGUAUUUUAAGAAUUUACAUCUUGCAUUUCAAAAAGAAAUUAACAUGCAUUCUAAAUCCGAUCCUAGAUAUUUUAUAAUUUUCCCUUUAUUUUAACUAGACCUAAAACGUAAUCCUUGCCAUGAAUGACUGCACCAAUGUAUACACACAUAUAUUGCACAGUUGACAAUCUUUCUCUUUCCUUUUUCUUUAAGAAUGCAUACGGUGCUCCAGCUAUGUCCAGUGCAGGAGUUUCCGACUCAUUCUUUCAGAGUUACUAUCCAUCAAACAUGACCUACCCAUUUAUGAAUCAGGGCAUUGGAGGCUCUGAAGGUCCAUGGUCAAACGGUGCUGACACAAUGUUUGGUAUGGGCUAUGACUACAGCAAUGUUUAUGGUGGCUUUGGAUUUCCUUUCAAUAACUGGGAGUAUGCAACCAGUGACUAUUGGGGCAACUCUCAAGCUGUCAGAAAAGACCAAAGGGGUUAUGCCUCUGAAGAAGCUUACUAUUCUCCUGAAAUGAUUCCGCCUGAUAGUUACGGCAUGAUUAAUGGGGCAUCGGCCCCGCCCGAACCACAGGAGCCAAUAGGGUCGGUGGAACAGGGAAUGCGCGGCAUGACCCUGGCUUCUUCAAACUCUUCAUCGAUGGAUUCGUCUGGUAGGAAAAAAAUUGUUGACAUAAGCCAACCUCCUGGUAUGUCAGAUGGCUUUGGUGGUGGGGACACUUCACAUAUGAUGCCAUCACAUUCACAAUCAGUUCAGUCUUCAUCAAUGAUGGGUGUUGGCAGCAGUGGUGGUCAAAGCCAGCCUAAGAAGUCUUCUUGGGCCGCUAUUGCAAGCCAGCCGGCAAGACCUCAGCAGCAAAUUAGACCCAGGACUAUUCCACGUGCUCCAGUCCACCCAAAUAAACCUCAUAACAUGGAUAUAGGAACUUGGGAUGGCAGGGGCAAUCCAAACAAGACAUCUGUGCCACCUUCGCAACAGCCUUCUUCUCAACCUCCACCGACUCGCCAAAGCUGGGCUAACACUUCUGCCCGCAGUAGACAAAUUCAGCCUCACUCCACCAGUGGCCCUGGUAAUGACACUGCGGUUAGCAGCAGCACAAACCUAAAUUCAAACAACAACAGCAGCAGUGUCAACAGUGGGCCUGUAAACACAGGUAGUCACAGCCCCACCUAUUCUUCAAGCUAUGGUGGUGGUACAGGAGGGGUUCCGAGCAACAGAAGUAAUACCAGUAACAAUGGUGCAACAACGAACGGUGACAAUAAUAACCAUGCUAUUGCUCCUGUUAUCUCUCAUCCAGUAUUGGACCAACUGAAAUCUUCCAACCUCUACAACCCCAAGGAGUUUAAUCUGAACCCAAAAUCUGCUCGUUUCUUUAUCAUUAAAUCUUACUCAGAGGAUGACAUCCAUCGCUCCAUCAAGUACAACAUAUGGUGCAGCACUGAACAUGGCAACAAACGUUUGGACCAGGCUUUUCGGGAACGUGAGGGCAAAGGACCCGUCUACCUCAUUUACUCAGUUAAUGGAAGUGGUCAUUUUUGUGGAAUAGCCCAAAUGAUGUCCCCAGUUGAUUACAACAAAAGUGCAGGUGUAUGGGCCCAGGACAAGUGGAAGGGUCAAUUUGCUGUAAAAUGGGUUUAUGUAAAAGAUGUUCCUAACAGUCAGCUUCGGCACAUCAGACUGGAGAACAAUGAAAACAAGCCAGUGACUAACUCGAGAGACACCCAAGAAGUACCACCUGAGAAGGGCAAGCAGGUCUUGCGCAUUGUUCACAGUUACAAGCACACCACAUCCAUUUUUGAUGACUUUACUCACUAUGAAAAGCGCCAAGAAGAGGAUGCUCACACAGCUCCUCCACGUGAGGCUCGAAAUGACACAAGAGGAGACCACCGUGGCGUAGACAGGGAUCAUCGAGGUGGAGGUGAUCGUGAUAGAGACCGUGGUGACAGGGAUCGAGGUGACCGCGACAGAGGAGAUGGUCCAGGUGGUCGAAAUCGGGUAAUAUAUUGUUAGCUUUAUAUUUUUAAAGAAAACCUUUUGAAUUAAAUAUUUAUAGUUGAGUGAAUGCAGUAAAGACUUUUCAUUACUGGGUUCUUAAUUUGAUAUAGUAUAAACCAAUGUAUAGUGGAAUUUUAGUUUUUGAUAGUUUUGGCAUCCUUUAGGACAUAUUGGUAUACUGCUGGUAGUUUUUGACAUCUGUUAGGAUUUAUUGUAUACUGUUGAUAAGUUUAAAAGAAACACAUUUCUUACUCACCAAUUUUUAAUUUUUAUUAACUUAGUCUGGGGUUUGAGUGGGGGGGGGGGGGGGAAAUGACGACGACAUUUUUAGCUGUUGUUUCUAGCUAAUUAAAUAAUUUGUAAAGAGAUAGAAGUGAAUUGGAAUAGAUAAAUUUGUCAUGUAACUAUUGUCCAAGAACGUGAAUGUUACUUAACAUGUCUUAUGGCAACAUUUUUACUAGAUUCUUUUCUAAAUUUUAUAUAUCUAUUAGUCUUUAGAGAUUUUUCAUAGCAUAUUUCUCCAAAUCAUUAUUUUUCUAUGUUAGUUUUUCUAACUUAACCGCAGAGUAUUAUGCAAAACUGGCCCUUCGGUGUGUACCAGGCUAAAAUUAUGUCUAUCUAUAAGCAUUCUUGCUAACUAAAAAUUUCACCACUUUUUGCUAUUCUCAAAAAUAUUUAUAAAGAUAAAUAAAAAUAACUAAUAAGAUUAAAUGUAAUAUAAAUAAGAAAGAUAUAUGAUCUUUUACAGUGUAUUAAUUUUCAAAAAUAUUAUUGAACUACUGGUAUCUCAUUACUUGGUAUUUAACUUUUAAAGAAACUAUGUAUUUUUGUCAAAUGAUGUUUAUGUGUUGUGACACACAAUGCUAUAAUUUUUAUGAUCUACCUUAUACAGGAUAACCGCAGAGGUGGACACGAUGUUGGAUCUAGUGGUGGUAGCCGUGGAGGACGUCAGAAUUAAAUUGCAGAGUCAGGCAUUGCCUUCCCUCCUCCCUGCAAAAAAAAAAGGCAUCAAAAAAAGCUCUACGAUUCAGCACAGGACAGCGUGUACAAUGCAUCUACUCCUCUUGAGACCUGUGCUUCUUUUUUUAAUUGCAGAGGAGCAGGCAAAGGCCUUGAGAAAUAGUACAAAUCUGUUGUGCUUUUAACAAAUUUAACAGUUAUUUUUCUCAACAUUUUUUUUCCCUUAACCGGUUUGUAGCUCUUGGUAGUAUCAGCCAAAGUUUAUAACAAUUUGAUGCAGCUUCAAAGCUGAAGUUUUUUUCUUUUUAAAACAUUAAGUAUAUCCAUAUUUCUUUAUUUUUAUUUGGUCAACUUUUAUUGGUGUUCUCUUGAGGAGGGGAGGUGACGGAGGGAAAUGAACUUUUUCUGAAGGGAUCCACCACACAUGUUACUUUCUGAUUGUCCCACAUUUAAGGAAUCUGAUUUUUUCAUAUUAUGGAUAGCUGGCAGAUUUAUUCAAAGGAAAUGGAGAAGAGCAAGGCACAUUUCACUGCUGAUAACUCAAUCGACCUGUCACAGCAGACUUGAGCUGUUUCUAUUAACUUUUUUUUAUAUACAUACAUAUAAAUAAAAGCGUUUAAAAACAAUUCUUAAGACAUAUUCCAGUUGGGCAACAACAAACUGAACAUGAACAGACAAAGGACUGCUUUUUAACUAAUUAAACACUGAUACGGUUCCAGUUUCCUAACACAUCAUGUGGACAUUUGUUUAGGGUUAGCCCCACAGACCUAGUGUUUUCUGCUCACAUGUUUUAAUUCUUAAUAUGUUUUGCUGAGAACAGUGAAGUUUGACACUAGUUAACUGUGCUUUUCAUCAUUUAUACAUAAAUAUAUAAUUUUUUAAAGCAAAAAAGAUGAUUCAGUAAAAGACAUUCUAAAGCCACUUUUUCUUGUUGGUUCUGGACUCGUAGAGGCUGGGCCAUUUGUGUGACUCCAUCGACGAUUUUCAAAGAAUGAAUUUUGGAACAUUUUCCAGGAAAUGUUCUUCUUGCCUGUGUUUUUUAAGACUACUGUGAACACUGCUGAUGAUGGCUACCACACAGACACUCUUGGGUCUAACCAAACAAAGGGGAGAAGAAUGUUGAGUCCAUGGCUAUGCUGGUUCAUCUGUAAACAAGGCAUACAACUUUUCACCACUUGCUGUCCAAACAACUGGUAUGUCAACUCAACAUGGCAGUCAUUUUAUUAGUAAAGAACGAAUCUAAUCCUUGUGAUAAUGACUAUUUUUUAAAAUUCAAAAUUUGAUUUUGUUCUGACAGCGUCAACCUUGCAACACAAUGUGCACAAAUGUCUUUUUAAAAAAAUGUCCAUUGAGUCUUUAUUUGCAUUCAUGUUCUGAAUUGUAAGUUCUAAGUAGUGGAACAAGAAAGUAACAUUGGGCUUUUUAGAACAUUUUUUAAAUCCCACAAGCAGCAGGUAGAUUAUUUGAAACUUUAAACAUUAAUUAAGCAGUGGUUCCCAAAAUGACAUCUAAAGAAACUGUCCAUUAUUCUAAAUCAAUCAAUUCGCUUUGUCUUUGUCUCUCUGUUAUGGAAGAAAUUUUCUUACUUCUGUUUUUUAUUAGUAUAUCUAUUUAUUUUGUCACAAGCCACAUACAAAUAAUAUGAUUUAAGAAAGAAUGUCUUAACACCAAUAUGAAAUUUCUAUAGGGAACCAUUGUUUGAGUACAUAUUUCCAUCUUAGCCAGCUGUCAAAUGUUUUUAAAUCAUUUUUUUCUCCAAAACUAAAAGGUUUUGGACUUUAAAAUGUUCACUGUGUUGAUUAAAAAAUGUAUGAAGCAAAUGACAGAGAACUUGAACCAUCGUACAUUUUCCUAUAAAUUUUUCUCUUGACUUCUGUAUUUGUUGAUUAUUUAAAUUUGCUCUCGUCUAGUAAUGUUGGGCUUAAAUAGUUUCCUUGCUAACUAUUAUUAUUACUAAGUGACUUUAGUCCUGGUUGGAUGGAGAAUUCAGAAAUCAUUAACAGAUCAAUCCCAGAACAUGUCUAAACUAAACUAUUUUAAGUAUACAAUAUCUCUUGAACUUGUCAUUUUUUUGUCAGUAAACACAAGUUGCUUGAUUCUGCUGGCGUGUCGGAGGACUCUUCCGUUGUUAUUGCUCUCUCUUUCCAAUAGCUGUACUAUUUUUAUUGCAAUUUUUGUUUGCAUAGUCUCAAGAAUAUUAUCAUUUUAUUAAUUGCAAAGUCCUUUUUCUACCUUUUAAAACAACCCUCUCACAUCUUUUCUUAGUGUUAAAUCCAUGGGUAGCUAAUUUUAAUAAAAAUUGGUAAUAGAAUGUUAUUUUUGAACAAGGAUUUUAAUUGUAUAGAUAUGUUACAUGUUUACUCAUCUUAGCCUUUAGUUUAGCUUGAACAUUUUAGUUUUUUCAUUAUUGAAUGGGAUGACUUUAUCUUGCAGAAAUCUGGUUGGUCAUUUUCUAAUUAUAUUUAGGUUUCCAGGUCAAAAGUUGAUUUUUUUUGUAAUCCAAUCAAGAUUCUAGAUCUAGUCUUUUUUGAAGCAAGAUCCUUUAGAGAUACAAAUGACCCCAAACUACUGGAUAUUCUCAAAGUUGCAUCUUAUGAAGAGUCAGGCUUAGAUUAUAAAACCCUGUACCAUUGAAAUAUGUCAACGGCCCCUGCUGCGCGUGGCAUUAGCUGGACUUUUACUUACCAGUAGUGAAGUUGUCAGUGUUAAUCAUUCAGUUAUGGUGGAAAUUAUUCUAGUAAUUGUUUUAACAAAGAAUGUAAUAAACCAUGAAAUAAAAUCAACAAAUUUGGUCUUGAUGUUCUUGAUGGCACAUGAAGAGCUGGAACACUUUGAUUUUAUUCCCCUUAUUUUAAGUUUUGACCAGAUGAUUUGAUGUAAAUUUUAUAUUCAAUGAUCACAAUGUAGACGAAACUUUGAUCAAGGUUUCAUGCAUCUCCCAGAUUUAUUCUUUCAUUAUUCCUUGUUUUUACUAGUACCGGUUAUACAAUAGUUACAAAGAUGGUGAUAAUGUAUAAGUCAAGAGUUUUAUGCAUUAAUGCGCUGUUCCACUCUUAUUUGUAAGUCCUUUUUUAAAAAUUUAAAACUACAAAAAAUUUAGUUGGAAUUAAAGGGAAAUAAACUUUAUACAGGAAAGAAGUUGUCUACUGAUGUGCAUGAACACUCAAAAAUAUGAAAAGCCGCUUAUCUUGAAGGCAUAAUCUUAAAAUACAUACACAUCUUAUAAAACUGUUGACUUGCCUAAAAGUUUAUAAAGAUAAAAACAUGAUUGUAGACCCAUCCUUUUCUCAUUUAGGGUGUCCAUGGUAAAUCAUUAAAAACAAAUAUUUUGGCAACAAUGAGUGGAAAAAUGAGUUGGCAGAUCAUUGCCAUACUAUCAGCAUUAUAAGAUAGCAUUGUGUUGGAACAAUCCUCUACUAAGUUGUAAGAGCAUUGUGUUGGAACAAUCCUCUACUAAGUUGUAAGAUAGCAUUGUGUUGGAACAAUCCUCUACUAAGUUGUAAGAUAGCAUUGUGUUAAAACAAUCCUCUACUAAGUUGUCCAUCCCCCCCCCCCUUCCCUGCUCUAAAGGCAGUAAGAUCAAUAGUAAUUUGAUUAAAAAUUAAUAAAAUGAUUGGAUCUGUUCAAUUGGUGUGAGCUAAAAAAAAGUAUUGGAUGUUUCUUAUCCUCUCUAUUUUUUUGUUUCCUUUUCAAAUACUUUGCUCAAACUUUUUUUCCAUAUUCUAGUAGUGUAUUACCAUUGUAAUGUCAGCAAUGAUCACUUGGCCAUGUCAUUACUUGGUGACCAGCAAAAAACAUGAAUAAAUUCUGUCAAAAGUAAGCAACAGUGCCUUGGUGAUGUGCUGAAUAAUUUAAUUGGUUUUAGUUUCAGAUUGGGUGGGCGAAAUGAAAUUGAAUAAUAGUUGUAGGUCUGUUCUAAAAAAGACAACUUCUAGUUCUGUUAUUAAAAGAAAUGGUUAGUUUUAUUAUUUUUUUCUAAACAAAAAAGGUUAUUUUACCGUGUUCUUGUUUUAACACAUGUUUUAAACUAAGAAAUUAAAACACAGGAAUCAGGCCAUGAAAAGUUUGAACAGUCCAUACUUUUUAAGAUUUUGAUAAUGCUAAAAUUUGUGUCUCUAUUACCAUUAUAGUAUCUCGCUGAAUAUCAUUUUAUUUUCAAUCACAGUAAUUCUAAUUUAACCACAGUCUUAAACCUUAACUUGAAAGCAAAUUGUAUGAUUAAAAGUAUUUUUAGUGAAGAGAUUUAAAAAAAAAAAUAGUUUAAAGAACUGUUACAGAAACAGCGAGACCUAACUGACUGAUUCCCUGUCAGACAAAUUAUUGUCAUUGUUCAUUUGAUUUUAUAAUUGUCUAUAUAUAUAUCUAUAUAUUUGUCAUGAAAUAAUAAAGGGUUUCAUUCAUUAUCUUCAUCUUGCGUGGUGGAUGUGCACGUACCAAUAAACAAUGUUCUUUUGUCUGCCUCUUGAAUUCUUCUGUUGUUGUUUUAUUUCCAUGAUUAUGGUGAUGGCUGGGAAUGUUGAUUAAAUACUCACCUGUGACAGCUGAAAUAAACCAUGGAAGCAAUAGGAAGAUUACAUUAAUGAGUAACUCAUUAAUGACUGGCUGAAUGGAAUUGGGAGC